AUGGAGCUUUGUAAUGAGAAACUUAGUGGAAUUAUCUGCACCCCAGAGCUCUGUGAAGGAGUUUUCAAAAUGGACUCUCAAUCUGUAAACAUGAUACAAACUAGGGCUGAUGGGGUACUGCCCCACUGGAACCAAUCAUCUGACUGCAGACUGAAUGGACAAGCUGGACCACAUCUUAAAAGCGCGAAGGCAUUGGUGACAGGAGGUGGAGGCUACUUUGGAUACAACCUGGGGUGUGCUCUCACCAAAUUAGGAAUCACUGUUGUUCUUUUUGAUAUACAAAAGCCUAUAUGGGAAGUUCCUAAUGGAGCCAUGUAUUUCCAGGGUGAUGUGCGGGAUUGUAAAGCAGUAUUCAAGGCUUGUGGAGGGGUUGACUGUGUUUUUCAUGUGGCUUCGUAUGGAAUGUCAGGUCUGGAACACCUACAAAAGAAAGAAAAGCUUGAAUCCAUAAACGUCAAUGGAACAAAAGUAGUCAUUGAUGUUUGCAAACAAAGAAAUAUCUCAAGGCUGAUAUAUACUAGUACGGUGAAUGUGGUGUUUGGAGGGAAUCCCAUUGAAGAAGGAGAUGAGGAAACUGUACCAUAUUUUCCACUAGAAAAGCAGGUUAAUCAUUAUUCUAGAACCAAAGCAAUGGCAGAGCAAAUGAUCCUUGCAGCUAAUGGAGCCCCAUUAAAAGGAGGCAAUAAGCUCCAUACAUGUGUUCUUCGCCCACCAGGCAUCUAUGGACCAGAAGAGCAAAAACACCUGCCACGCGUAUUAAAGAAUAUCCAAAGAGGGCUAUUUAACUUCCAAUUUGGAAAUCCCAAAACUCAGAUGAACUGGGUUCAUGUAGGAAAUCUUGUACAAGCUCAUCUCUUAGCUGCUGAAGCUCUCACCCCUGAGAAGGGUUAUAUAGCGAGUGGUCAGGUGUAUUACAUACAUGACGGCGAGAAAGUCAUCUUUUCUGAAUGGAUAACUCCGUUAUUUGAAAAAUUAGGUUACAGUAAGCCGUGGAUACCUAUGCCUGCUUUCCUCGUUUAUAUAGCAGCCACAGUGAUGGAAUGCCUUCACCUGGCAUUGAAACCAGUUUUUAGCUUUACACCUUUCCUGACCAGAAAUGAGGUGUGGAACAUCACUGUAACUCACACAUUCCGAAUAGACAAGGCAUGUAAUCAGCUAGGUUACCGCCCCAAAAAAUUUGCACUUGCUGAUUCUGUGGAUCAUUAUCUUCAAACUAGACCCAAGUGCCAGGACCAUCAUAAGUUCCUUAAAAUCUGGCUUGUCCUUGGCACCUGUUUAUUUUUGAUCUUCCUUGUUUUACUUUCUUAA